UCAAUAGCUGUAUCUUUCAGUUUCCCUCCUGCUUUCACUUUUUUAACCACUUGCAUCUGCAUCGACACCAGCAUCUAAACUAUGCGUCUUCCAUUCGCCACUGCAACUGCUUUCCUCGCAGCCACUGCUGUUGCAAACCAGGCUGGGGAGCCUGAGGACAACGCUAUCUUUGAGCCCUCGUACAACCAGGCAGCCAGGUCAUUCGACUUGGACUAUGACUUUAACGGCUACGACGGCGCCAACAACCAGCGUGGUCGCGGGUAUGGCGCGCUUUUUGACAUCCUAGGGUAUCUAGCUGAGGGCACCACCAUCCCGGCCAGGCGUGUUCAGACCAAUCAGCGCGGUGGCUACGAGGAUGACUACGACUACGAGGAUACGUACAACCAGCGCGGUGGUGUCAAUAAGAGGAGCCCUGCUGCCUUUGUGGCUCCGUCGGAUGAUUGGCUCCGCCGCAACCCUUCUCUUGCCCGGAAGUACCGUAACCACGAGAUUAUGUUCUAAACCUAACAGCAGAUUCUGUGGCUAGCAUCAACACAUUUUGUAUUUCCACCACACCCAGCAUUACAUCACCAAUACACCAUGACACUACUUUUA